UUUACCUUUUUGGUUAGUGAGUGCACGAAAUUUGUGUGAAAUUUCAUUUUCGAGUGCUGGCAACACAGUUGGUUGACAAGUGUGAAUAUCACGGAGCAACAUGAAGGAAACAAAGGCACCGUAUUGGAAGUUUUUCGAGAAGAAAGAGCAUUAUGUAGCGACAUGUAAGAUUUGUUUCAAUGACUAUUCAUAUCGUAGCACAACUACCAAUCUUAGUUUUCAUUUAACUAGGAAACAUGGCGUCGAUGCUCGCGCCAUUGACAGCAAUAGUGAUGCGGAGACAGCUUUGUUGUCUGCGAAAAAGAAACGGGGCCCAACAUUGAGUUAUUAUGAGUAUCUGGGUCCUGAUAAGGCAGAAACUCAAUGCAAGUUGUGUGACAAGAAAUUCUCAGUUGACGCAAUUAAAGAGAUAAAAGAACACAUUGUUGACGAUCAUGGAGAAACGCCUACAGAUUAUGAAUCAGAGAAGAAACCAAAAGUUUUAUUUCGAGGGCGAUAUUGGGACUACUUCACAAAGAAAGAGGGUUACGUAGCGACUUGUAAUAUAUGUGCUAAUGAUUACUCGUUUCGUUCUACUGUAAGCAACCUCAAAAAGCAUUUGAUAAAGAAACAUGGAGUCGAUGUAAUUGCCUCUCUCGGCGACAGCGAUAGUGAAGUAGAAAAAGAAACGCCAUCAAAUAAAAAGAAAAGAGGACCAACGUGGAAUUAUUUUGAGGUACUAGAUUCUGACAAAUUCGAAGCUCAAUGCAAGAUAUGUGAGAAAAGUAUUGCAUAUGAUACUGUGGAUGACCUGAAAAAACAUAUCGAACAACACGGAGAGGAUCCUGUGGACAGUGAUGAUGAGGUUAAAGUUCAUGAGACAAGACAUGUUUCAAAAAUAUGGAAAUAUUUCAAGAAAUUAGACAUGGAAAAGAAGUUGGCCUUAUGUCUGAUCUGUAAAAAUGUGUAUAAUGCUGAGACCACUAACAAUCUGAAGAAACAUCUCAAUGCUAAACACCCUGGUGCCGAUGUACCUGAAGUAGAUGAAAAGAAGUAUAUAAUAUCAUCCGAUGGACAGCUGUAUGAAAUGGAAUCAGAAACUGAAAAAGGUGACGACAAUGAUGAUGCUGAAGAUAAAGACCCAAUUGAGAUGGAUACGGUAUACCUCGAAGAUCUAGACGAUUUAGAUAUAUCCCGCCAUUCCUCUCCCAGCCCGAGCCCACCAAAGAAGAAAGCAAAAUCAAUAUUUAAUAAAAGACAAUCGAUCUCAAAACCACGAAAAGAACAGUUACUCAAUAACAGUUCCAAUAACGAAAUUAACGAAGCACCUCCAAGACGUAACUCAUAUAAUACUAGCUUGGAUUACUUUGGCCAAUACGUUGUGUCGUUACUAAAAGAAUUACCCAAAUCUGUAUCAACUCAGUUGCAAAAUGAAAUAAUUAAACAGAUUUUGACUAGUAAAGUAGCUUUAGAAUCUGAAGGAACGAAGUGUCAAGUUAGUAUUAACCAAAAUACGGACAAUCAGACAAAUGUAACGGAACCUAUUAUGUACAUUGAAGCUAAACCGAAUACCUAGUAUUUAUUAACGUGGUAACCACAACACUGGUGGUUAUUUUUAAAAUAAGAAGGAACUGUCUGAAAAUAAGAAUUGAAUAA